AUGGCUGAAGCACCCGAAUCAGGAACAGCACUACAUAUAAGACCUCCAGAUGUAUUUUCCACACGAGGAGAGCCUUCCAAUGUGGCCAAGCGGUGGAAAGAUUGGCUAGCAGCUUUUGAAAUUUACCUGGAGGUGGCAGAUGUGGAAAAGGACAGCAGGAAGAAAGCAUUAUUUCUGCACACAGCAGGUUUGGAAGUUCAAGAAAUUUACCAUUCAAUACCUGCAUCGAGUGCCAAUACCACAUAUGCAGAUGUUGUCGAGGCACUGAGUAAACAGUUUAUUCCAUUGGUGAAUUUCAGGCACGAGCGCUUUGUCUUUAACAGCUCCGUACAGAACCAAGAUGAAUCUCUUAGUGCAUACACAGCAAGGUUGAGAAAGUUGGCUGCCACAUGUGAAUUUGAGAAGAUCAAGGGCAGUGAUGACAUGAUAAUUGAUCAAAUAAUAGCAAAGUGCAACUCAAAACACUUAAGGAGAGAGUUGCUGCAGGAACCAAAUCUCACCUUAGGCAGAGUUUUGGAGAUUGCUAAGGUGAUGGAGACAACCAAAAAAACUUGUAAGAAGGAGCGACAGUCAUCCAAUCCUAAGCCUUGUUUUAAGUGUGGCAAAGAAGGUCAUCACCAUAAUGACAAAGAAAGAUGCCCAGCAGCAGACAAAAAUUGCCAUUAUUGUGGGAAAAAAGGUCAUUUGCGGCCAAUGUGUCGACUUCGCCAGGAUGCAGAACAAGAUGAUUAUACGUCGCGAGGAAUCUCAGUUGUAGACUUGGCAGAGACAAAGGGCAAAUGCAUAAAUUGGUAG